GCCGGAUUAUGUAAUUUGUCCUCGAGUAGGUCGUGGACUGCCAGCACUGAACACUGUUCGCUCGCUCAUUCUCCGUUCGCCUGUUGAGCACUCAUCAAAACAUCUUCGUUUCCAUCGCCUUCCACUUUGAUAGCUUCAUUGCUGCUUAGCAUCCUUUGGUUUCCCGAGUUAUUGCGAGCCUCUGGUUUUCCAAUUUGCUAUCGACUUGCAGGUGGGUUGCCCCAGGCAGUUGAUCAGCCCAGACUCGGCACCCUUCUCCCUGGCUCCCUCGCUUUCAAAUGGCCCUUGGUGGUGGUGUUGCCCUUCAUGGUUGCUCUCAGCCGAGGAUGACAGCGACAGAGGACAGGACACCUGGACAACUCUUGCAGUUGAUGCCAUUGAGGAACUACUGCAAGCGGGUGAGUUGAUUGUAAGAAAGUGGAGAGCGCUGACGCAUCAUUUGGGCAGACGGCCGACCCCGGUGUCGACGACCUCAAAGGAGCCAACCGAGACUUCCCUCGCCGAGCUUGCCUUGUGGUGCCUCUUGUUAGCUACCUGCUGCUGCCAGCCAUCACUGAACGAAGCAAGCGAGAAAGGACAAAGCAUCAAGUUUGUUCAAUUCCAGACGAAGCAAACCGAUAGAAUCAAGGAGGAGUAUAUCUGCGGCCGGUUGUGGUAGUCAGGCCUGGUUGUUCAGCUAUCGACUGGCACUGGCUCUGAGGGUUUGGGGUACUAUGUAAAUCUUGUCGGGUAGGUUGAUGCGCUCCUUCCCAUGUUGGACCCCUAUCCCAUGGCAGCACCACCCAUGGCACUUUGGGAAUCGCAAUACUUGCGGAUGCGAAAGGAGUGCCGUUGCCUUUUGCAAAGUCGCUGCUUGCCCUUCUUCCCUUCCACCACCUCGUCAGCAACCCUUUCCUCCCCCAAACAUGAACAGAGCGCCACUCGUCAUGUGGCAAUUUCCUGAUCUGCCGGCUUCUCAAGGCUUCUGGAUCACCCUCCUCACAGUUCUGCUCGGUUUCCUCGCCCGCCAGUGGAUUCUCAAGCUAACCUUGUCGGCUUAUCGUUCGACCAUAGGACGUGAACAUUCUUCCAAAAUGUCCGCCGACACGGUGUCUACGCUGUUUCCCGGUCGACCGAUACGACCCUUGCCGAAGAGACCGUUGCGGGAACGCCUCUCGGCCGAAGUCGCCAGCUCGAUCCAGUAUCCUCGAGUCCCGCAGACCGUUCACCCGCUCUUCUCAUACCCCUGCCCACCGGCAGAUGCUCAACCGUCUCAGUUGUCCGGGCUCACCGGCGAGCCUGGCCAACAGUCACGAGCUGGAACCGGAGCAGAUGAUGUUUCGAUCAGGCGGGCAAACCGAGUGCCUCUCGACUCCACAAGCCGUCUCUCACGCCCCGUGGUCAAGACCGAGUUCAGCAGGCACGGAAUACCAUACCCUCCGAAUUCAGCGUCAUCUUCAGCCGAUGGAUACGACACCUUUGAGCACACCAACAACAAGAAAAAGCGCAAGAUUCCAUCAGCUGCCGAGAUGCUUUCGAAUAGAGCACAUCACAGCAGCGAGUCGCUUCCAAGCUCUGGUUCACUUGCUGUGCAGCCUUUGGACGCCCAUGACGAAGAACCGCCUGGGUGUACAACCUAUUAUGGACCUGGAUUCCGAGGAACGUACGGCAUGUGCAAUAUGUACAACGUGGCGGGGCCAGGUCGUGGCCGGUAUGGACGUCCGAGAAGCGGGCGGAGUCCGCUCCGGCCACUGCCGGAUACGAGUAACAGUUGGGUCGGGAGAGUCAAGGCACGUCCGGUGCAAUGGAAUGGCAAGCCACCAACUGAAAACACUGGCAUCAUUUCCAGUGCCAUUGCCAACGCUGAGAAACUGCCCCCUCAUCAAGGCCGAGAAAACAUCAGUCUUCUGAACCAGCAACUGAAUACGAAACGGACUCCAGCAACCAGCCAGUUCACAUUCAGUUGUGGUUCGGCAGUAACGGCUUGGCCCGGCCGAGUGGUGCCACAACAGUCUAUGAACAUUCGUCCACCUCUGGUGAACGGCGUCCGUGGCACCCAGGUGUCUCAAACCGCCUACGCUCCAUCAACCCUGCCCCAGCCUGCGCAUGUUUUACCAAAAGACACGGCUGCCAAGUCAGCAGGCAACACCCAUGCACGACCGGUUGCCAAUCCCAAGCCCGCUCGCCGCAACGCUGCCACUGAGUACCUGGCCGCUGCCAGAGCACGCCGCCAGGCAAAGCAAGAAGAGAACAGACGGCAUCCCCCCAAACCCGAGGAUAUUUGGAUCUGCCACUUCUGCGAGUAUGAGGACAUCUUUGGACAUCCGCCCGAGGCUCUCAUCCGUCAGUAUGAGAUCAAGGACCGCAAGCAGCGGCAGCUGGAGCAGCGACGUCGAGCUCAAUGGGAGAGGAUGAAGAAAGGCAAGCACAAGGGAAAGAAGAACAGCAAGCUUCACAACAAGAAUAUUAAUGCUGUACAAGAGCCUGCGGCCGUUGACAGCCAAGGAGCAUCCGACAGUCAGGGCACGCAGAGCGAGGAGAACUAUAACGACGACGAAGAGUGCGAGGAUAAGGAGUGUGAGGGCGAAGAUGCUGGGUAUCCCGACUGUCCCGCCGAGGUGCCUGGCCGCCGUCAGCAGUUCCCGAUCCGCCCUGGCGGCAACCAUGACAUACCGGGCACAUAACCCCGGCCCCCUCCCCCAACUUUUACCGGCAACCCUCUCAUUUCUCACGGCAGCAUGGAUAAACGUUUUCAAAUUGCGCAUACGGUCUGCGCGCAUAAUAUUGUUAGUUGGUCAUUCUGAGCCAUGAGGUAUAGGGUUGGCGGGCGGAUGGACCGGAGGGGGCAUCCUUUUCCACCACAAUAGCGUCAUGUUAGAUUAAUGUACUGCACCGCACUGCACCACUGUUUCCCCCCCAACCACGCUCCCCUCUUACUGUACAGCAUGUACGAAGCAACACACCAAACAGGCCUUCUAUUGCCCUAACCCCCUUGUUUAAGAACUGAAUCACCUGUUUUAGUCUUGACUCUCAUGUUGGUUGUAUUAGUAUUGUUUUACUGGGGAGAGAAAUAGAUAGAUUGGCGGUAAUACAGACUUCUUGAUGCGUCAUGAUGUAAUAAGUCGAUGAGAGCUGAGAACUUGGAUGCGAUUGAAGAUUGGACGAGAUGUUACGAGACAGCCUUUCCAUGUGACGGUCUGAGACCAGGGGCCUCUCUGGUGGUCAGAGGCCAUUGGCUUCUAGAAGCAUGUGUGGAAAACGUGGA